CCGCGGCCGCAAUCGACUGCUUCAGGCAGGUGUCCAGCUCGGCCGAAUUGCGGGGGCAGGUGGUCAGAUAACUUGCUGCAAAGUCUAUAAGCAAUGUCGAAUAUAAGCACAGAUGAUGAAGAUGAUGGAACUAUCUUUCGUGAAACUCCAACAUUGGAAGAAAUAGAAAAAUUUAGGCCUAAAGCAAGGAACGAUAUGCUGAUAAGUGGUUGGGAUGAUCAGGAUGAAAAUAUAGAAGUUGAAAGAAAUCCACAUGAAACACCAGAAAAAGAAAUACUAUGGGCAGCUGAGAGUGGUGAACUUGAAGUAGUUGAAGAUCUUUUAAAGAAGCAUCCUCAUUUAAUCAAUACUCGUGAUAAGGAUAAUUAUACACCACUUCAUAGAGCAGCGUACAGUCAUAAUUUUGAUGUGGCUCAUGCAUUACUACAAGCUGGAGCUGAUCCUAAUGCAGAAACAAAAAUGAAAUGGACCCCUUUACACUCUGCUUGUAAAUGGAAUAAUGCUUCAGUUGCUGGUUUAUUAUUGCAAUAUGGUGCCAAUGUAAAUGCACAAAGCAAUGGAGGUCAGACACCACUCCAUGUUGCCUCUAGUUCCUCAGAUUGUAGAGAAGUGCUAACAAUAUUACUUCUAACUGAAGGAAUCAAGCCAAAUAUCUUGAAUUCAUCAAAUGAGACUGCAUUUGAUAUUGCAAAACGCUCCGGCAAAUAUUAUUACCUUUUUGAUAUAGCUCAUGAUGCUCUUAAUGAUGAAGAUUUAUAUUAAUGUCUGUGAUUCCUCUACCUGCCAAUUGUUAAUAACAUAUGAUAAAAUAAUAUAAGAUUAACAAAAUACAAAUUAACUAUUUGUAUUUAACCUACUUCUACAAUUGUUGUGUCGAGAAUUCCCCAAAGGGUA